UGGCCCUCGGCCCAUGUUCAGCCUGGGAGGUGUCUCAGGAGAACUCAAACAGCCCGACUCAAAGUUCAGUUUGGCUGAUCUGAGGGGGAGUGUGUACACAGUAGUUUCCACAGCUGGGCUUCGCAGACCUUCCCAACAUCUUCAGCAGCCUCAUCCUGCUGUCCCCAAAGAAGCCAGGGGAGAAGAAUCAGGCAAUUGUGAGAAAGAAGCAGACGUCAGACACCAAACAUCUAGGCUUUUCGACUAACACUGGGAAAAGUAGGGAAAUCCAGAGAAUAAAGCAAUGGCUGAAGUCAGUGCAGGUCCAGUAACAGAGGAGCAGCUUGCAGCCAUCCAGGAUGAGCAAGUGCUGAACGACAUGCUGGACAAGGCUACAGAUUUCGAGGAAAGAAAAAUGAUCCGUGCCGCCAUGAGAGAACUGCUGAAGAAAAAGCGGGAGCAGAGGGACAGAGAGCGUGCAGAGCGGCAGGAGAAUCUGCGCCAGCAGGGUGUGUGCGCAGGGAAGAAACCACCCAAUGGCCCCACUAAUGUUCAACAACACACACACAAAACACCUCAAAUGAAGUCUUCAAGUCCAGCACCCGCAGGCCUACUUCCUAAAACUUCAGGGAGUGCGGUUUGUCCUCCAGCUGCUGGAGUCAGAGUACCCCGAGGCUCGGCACUCGGUGGCCCAAACACCAAAGACGUGAAACAGAUGCUGCUGGACUGGUGCAGAGCCAAGACUGAACCAUAUGAGGGUGUAAAUAUACAAAACUUCUCGUCGAGUUGGGCAGAUGGUCUUGCGUUCUGCGCUCUGGUGCACCGAUUUUUCCCUGAAGGGUUUGAGUACUGCACCCUGGAUCCGUACGAUCGCAAAGCCAACUUUGAGAAAGCCUUCCGAACCGCAGAGACGUUGGGCGGCUGUCCUCGGCUGCUAGACGUCGAUGACUUGCUGCGGAUGCGGGAGCCAGACUGGAAGUGUGUGUACACGUAUGUCCAGGAGUUUUAUCGCUGUUUAGUGGAGAAAGGACUUGUCAAGACCAAAAAGAAGACCCCUUAACAACAUACACGCAUGCACAGACAGUGCCAAAGGUCAACAUUUUUAUGGAAGUGAUGUGGCAGAGAUCCAAAUCAGAUACAAAGGCCAACACACACACACACACACACACACACACACAAACAAACAUGUGCUUACUCAGGAACAGAGACCCGCCUCUUUAUGUCCUGCAGCAGAACUCCAGCACCAGAUAAACCAGGCACCAUCCUGCAGAUGCUGUAAAAACUGCAACCUGCAUAUGACCACUAGGUGGCAAACCUUAAUCUAUGAUUUUUUUUUAUUAUUAUUUUUUUUCACCAAGUUGAAUUAAAAAAUGCACAGUCACAGGUCCUCAACUUUGGUCAUGGGUUUUGGUCACAUUUUAGUGUUUUCCUUGCUCUAACACACACACACACACACACACACACACUUUAGUGAUUAGUUGGGUCAGGUGAGUUGGGAGCAAGAAACACUAAAAUGUGCAUGAAGGACAUUUGUUUUUGGACCAGGACCAGGGUUGAGAAGCUGUGCACUAUGUUGUAUCUGUUGCUGCCUUUAAAGCUUCCUGUAAAGUUUGUGUGUACGAGUGGGGAGGUUGUGAUUAUAAUUGGGUGUAAGUGUAGAUAGUUUGGUCUAAAAAAAUAGAAAAGGAUGCAUGAUAAUACAAUUUUGUUCUUAAAUAACUUUUGUUUUUUAUUUCUUUUUGUAUCAUCAAGUCUAUUUUGCCUUCCUAAAAGAAAAUGAAGAGUUGAACAGUUUAAUCGUACCAUGUUCUGUAAGUUUAUAGAAUAAUAUAAAUUCCUGGAGUGUAAUUUACAGCACUGUGAAAGCAUUCACAUCUGCUCACCUCAUACCAUAUUUCAGACAGGAUUCAAUAGCAGUAGAGUAUACAGUAUGUCACUAUUGCAAUGUUUCUGUUGUUGUUGCUAUUUUAAUAAAGUAUUGCUGUUUGUCACAA